AAUUUCGUCAUACACUCAAUGUGGAAUAGUGCGGAGGGUUCAACUGUGCUUGCCUGUUUACCUGACUGUGACAGGAUGUGUUAUGGUAAUGUUUAAUGUGCUCAAUCCCGCUAGCUCAGUUGUGGGCUGUUUAACACUCAGAGCUACCUGAUUGGGGCGGCAUGGGCUGCACAUGGCAGGAACAAAGACUUGCUCUAUUUGGUUAUGCCUACGGCAAAACAAGAAUAUGUAACAAAGUAACAUUAUUCUACCAAGUUGGAUAUAUUUCUUAGAAAAACAUUGAUUACGACUUUCUGUAAUUUAGUUAUUAGGUAUGUUGCUCUGUUUGGAUUUGAAGACACAUGAGACUUGGUGGUAGACACUAUUAUUUUUUAUAUUUUCCUUGGCAACAGACAUAAGCAAUAUAUGAGGAUAUUUAUGGUUGUCAAAUAUUGAACACUGGUUAUGAAAAAGGAAGUCUAAGAACUCCCUAUACACUCCCUAUACAGAUUGGAUUAAGUGUAAAGGAUGCAGACUAUGGUUCCUGUUGGACAUGUGGUGGUUAGUGCGCUGACAAAUUUAUUUACUGAGGAAUCUGAGGCCUACAGUUAUCAGUCCUUAGAUCAGUCCUUAGUGUAUGAGGAACCGGCACUUGAGUGCAAAAAAUGUCUACAAGAACGCUACCAUAAGCGUCAUUACAAAAACAACAGGAAAGGAAAGAAAAAGCAGAAUAGGGCAAAUACACCAAUCAUCAUACAGUUGAAGGACACAUUGAAAGCGGCGGUACUGCAAAAGCAGAGAGGUAGGAGAAACCAUCUGCAGAAACAAGAGUCCAAUGAUGCUGUUAACGAAUGUGACGUGGAAACUGACAACAGCUCUGACAAAAGUGACACUUUUUCAAACAAUUUAAAGAGAAGUCGCAGACGAAAGAAUUCAAAAAACAUCAACAGUGCCUUUAUAAAUGUGGUACAAAAACAGCAUAAAAAGUGGCAUCCAUUGAAUGUUCAACAAAAUUACAACUUCGAAAAUCCAUUUCAUGAGAAACUUGUUGCCGAAUAUGUUCUUAAUAAUGUGUCUGGGACACUGACCAAAAAUGGUUUCUAUCAGAAAAGGAACAUUGUUGAAUGUGAAAAUGUUGAAGUAAUAUGUAACGACUUGAACAGCGUUGGGUCCACUCAAGAGGACACUGAGGAAAGUGAAAUAUCAUCUAUUACAUCCAGCUCAGAAAUCCAGUCUGAUUCUGACAUUUCUACCCCUGUUGAUGCAAAAGAAAGCUCAGGGUCAGCGCAAGUACUCAGUGCCUAUGAGUUACACCAGUUGGCAACGUAUGCUACAGGCUACCCCCUGGUUCGCUAUGACGGCGCUCCAGUGGACUGUCCAGAAUGCCAGUGGUACAGUCAGGCAGUGGACACAUACUCACAAGAUGCUCAAUAUUGGCCAUUACUGUCGGAGUCAGGGAAACACCAAACAAAGAAAUCGAAGAAGCUUGCUCAAAGAAGAAAGAGUGUGCCUUUGAACAUCAGUCCAAGAACUGUUGAAUUUGAACACAUAUCAAAUAGUGACAGUGCUGAUGAUGGAAAUGACAUCACAGAAACAAAAUCUCAGUCUCCAGACAUUCCAUUUUGCAGUUAUGGUUUGGAGGAAAGCAAAUCCAGGGUGGGUGAAACGAAACCGCAAAAAUCAAGGGAACAACUAAUGGACAUCAAAAUUUCUAGUAAACUUAAAUCAUAUCAUUCAAACAAGCACAAUGACCUGUUUCUAGACGGCGUCUUCGUGGAUCUGACUGAUACAGAUGUCACAUUCAGUGUCUAUUAUCACCAUAACAUGUCCGAAUUUUACCCCUUCUACCUAAACUAUGGCAUAUCUCCGUUCUCCACAUCGAGCAUCACAGGACCGCACCAUCACAGCGUCACAACGUACCCCUCAUGGCCCUACUACCAAAACUGCCCGUACUGGUCUCCGUACUACAUGCCCAUGUACACUGUACCGAUGUCAUUCUGUUUGGAGAUGGAGGAUGAGUUGCCGAAAACUGCAAUGGUCCCGCCAGCAGAGCUAGAGAAAUUCAACUCCACCCAUCCUCCUCAGAGACAGUGGAUCCCGCUGGCACGUCCAGACCCUGGCAGGCCUGCAGCCAUAUUCACGGUGAUGUGCUACAACGUGUUGUGCGACAAGUAUUGCACGCGGCAGCAGUAUGGCUACUGUCCGUCAUGGGCGCUCAACUGGGAAUACAGGAAGAAGGGCAUUAUGGACGAGAUACGAAACUGUGCAGCUGAUAUCAUUGGCCUUCAGGAGGUAGAGACUGACCAGUUCUACAACUUCUUCAAGCCUAAGCUAGAGAGAGAGGGCUAUGAGGGAAUCUUCUCACCCAAGUCUCGCGCUCGAACCAUGACCGAGCAGGAAAGAAAACAUGUUGACGGUUGUGCCAUCUUCUUUAGAACAUCCAAGUUCACCUUACUCAGGCAUCAUUUGAUUGAGUUCAACCAGUUAGCGAUGGCGAAUGCAGAAGGGUCAGAUGAGAUGUUGAACCGUGUGAUGACUAAGGAUAACAUAGGGCUUGCAGCGCUUCUAGAGACUAGAGUUGGAGUCUUUGACAGCAGUGGUGGCACGCCCGCAGAGGACAAGAUCAAGCAGCCUCUCCUGAUCACGACAGCACACAUGCACUGGGACCCGGAGUUCUCGGACGUGAAGCUCAUCCAGACCAUGAUGCUCAUGUCGGAGCUGAAGAAGGUGGUGGAGGAGAGCUACAACUCCAUCCAGCCCACCAGCUCCUCCCCCGUGGACUGCAACUCCAUCCCCAUCAUUCUCUGUGGUGAUCUCAACUCAUUGCCAGAAUCAGGUGUGAUCGAGUACCUGCAGACUGGCAAGGUGCCCAGCAACCACAUCGACUUCAAGGAGCUAGGGUACGAGGCCUGUCUGCAGGCCUUCAACUGCCACAAGGACAGCACCCACCUCACACACAAGUUCAAGUUGGGUAAGGCAUACGAGGACAACAUCAUGAGGCACACUAACUACACCUUUGACUUCAAAGGAAUGAUUGACUACAUCUUCUUCUCAAGAAAUUACAUGAAUUUGCUGGGCGUGUUAGGUCCAAUGGACGAGAAUUGGUUUCAGGAAAACAAAGUGGUCGGCUGCCCACACCCCCACAUACCAUCCGACCAUUUCUCUUUGUUUGUUGAAUUUGAAAUGCCAGUUCCAUACCCAGACAUUGCCACCAUACUGGCUGAUGAUAACAAGGCAGGAAGCAGUUUUAGUUCAGGAAAUACCCAUGGCACGAUAGGCAGCGGCAUUCACAGAGACAACAAGAGAUAGUCUGAACAACGCUCUUCUUGGCUAGUCCACAUUUAAAGCGAGAUCAUUUCAUGUGAUAUCUACUACCAUUUAGGAGUUUUAAACUAAGUCGUCAAUCUCAAAGCAAAUUAUGUCAUGUUUUGUUUUCAUAAUACAACCUGAAGUGCAAUGUAUUUGGGAGAAGCCGCUUUGUUUGGAAAUUAUCCUGUUUUCCCUUUAAAUUGUAUUAUUAUGCCCCCUUGCGAAGAAGAGGGGGUAUAUUGUUUUGCACAUGUCGGUCUGUCUGUCUGUAUAUAUGUAUGUCCGUCCACCAGAUGGUUUACGGAUGAUAAUUCAAGAACGCUUAGGCCUAGGAUCAUGAAACUUCAUAGGUACAUUUAUCAUGACUCGCAGAUGAUCCCUAUUGAUUUUGAGGUCACAAGGUCAAAUGUCAAGGUCACGGUGACCCGAAAUAGUAAAAUGGUUUCCGGAUGAUAACUCAAGAACGCAUACGCCUAGGAUCAUGAAACUUCAUAGGUAGAUUGAUCAUGACUCGCAGAUGACCCCUAUUGAUUUUGAGAUCAGUAGGUCAAAGGUCAAGGUCACGGUGACCCGAAAUAGUAAAAUGGUUUCCGGAUAAUAACUCAAGAACGCAUACGCCUAGGAUCAUGAAACUUCAUCGUUAGAUAGAUCAUGACUGGCAGAUGACCCCUAUUGAUUUUGAGGUCACUAGGUCAAAGGUCAAGGUCACGGUGACCCGAAAUAGUUAAAUGGUUUCCGGAUGAUAACUCAAGAAAGCUUACGCCUAGGAUCAUGAAACUUCAUAGGUACAUUAAUCAUGACUGGCAGAUGACCCCUAUUGAUUUUGAGGUCACUAGGUCAAAGGUCACGGUGACCCGAAACAGUAAAAUUGUUUCCGGAUGAUAACUCAAGAACGCUUUUGCCUACGAUCAUGACACUUCAUAGGUACAUUGAUCAUGACUGGCAGAUGACCCCUAUUGAUUUUCAGGUCACUAGAUCAAAGGCCAAGGUCACAGUGACAAAAAAUGUAUUCACACAAUGGCUGCCACUACAACGGACAGCCCAUAUGGGGGGCAUGCAUGUUUUACAAAAAGCCCUUGUUAUUUUUUCUCAUUUAAAAAACAUGAAAUGGCAUCCAUAUCGCUUUUUACUGUUAUAAAAAUACCAAAAAUUACAUAUUCUGCUUGUGUUUUAACCAAAUAUAAAUGCAUCAUUGUUUAAGUUCAUCAGUGUUGUUAACUACCUUUUUUCGAGCAAUCCUAGUUGUUAUGUCAAAAUGUAAUGUUAAAAGUCAAUUGAAUGCACAAUAAACUUUGUUUCGACAUCUUCAUGCACAUAUAAUGAUAAAAGUUGGCAUGUUUACUUUUAAUGAGAUAUUGAUGAAAUCCCAAUGUAUCCAUUUCAUGUUAUUUCUGGUUUUCCAUGGUUAGGUAUUUUUAUGUUUGUUUAAAAUCUAGUGGACACCUGGAUAUUUUCAAAUCAUCCAGUUUUAUUAUAGAAUUUUGUAAAGAAGGAUGAAAAUUAGUUCAGGGAGAUUGAUAUAUAAUAUUUAAAACCUAAAGUUUUCAUUGCCUUCGACUGCCAAUAUCGUGACUCUGUCCAAAGCAUAUUGGUGCCUCUUGUUUUAACACUGUAAAUAGAGAUAGACAUCUUCAUAUGAAAAUUAUCAUGGCCAUUAUGAAUUCACAUAGAAACAUGUAAUGAAAAACGGCGGCAGCUUUCAUACUGAUUAAGUAAUAAUAUCACUUGCAAAGAUGUGCUUCAUUUUAUAUGCCUUUGCUAUUUAAAUCAUCUUUGGCUAAGGGCAUUAUGAUGUGUUUGAUUAACUGAAGUGUGUUGCCUUUAAUAAUUAAAAUGAUGAAUUUGCAUAUAAUUGUAGAUAUUUUAUAGAAUGGUCAAAAGUAAUUGUGAAAUGUUUUUAUAAUAUGUUAAUAUUUUAUAACUUUUUUUUAUAUAAAAAACUUUUUAUAGUCUCUAUUGGUAAACAGUAACUGAUUGCUUUCUGAUAAUAUGAAUUGUGUUCUGUGAAAACUGAGCUUACUGCACAUGUGUAAAGUGUCAUCCCAGAGAAGCUUUUAUUGAAUUCUUUGUUUAAAAGAGGUCUCUUCUAAAAAAUCCAGAGUGAGUGGAAAGUGAUGUUGCUGAUAAUAAAGCAUUAAGCCCAGUUUUCCUCCAGCAUGGCUUAUUUGAGUCGUGGUCUGAAAAAAAUAGGCAUAAUGCAUGUGCGAAAAGUAUUGUCACAGAUUAGUCUGUGCAGUCCACACAGGCUAAUCAGGGAAGACGAUUUCCGCUUUUAUGACAUUUUUCGUUUAAAUGAAGUAUUUUCUUAGCAAAAAUCCAAUUUAGGCAGAAAGUGUUGUCCCUGAUUAGCCUGUGCAGACUGCACAGGCUAAGUCUGCACAGGCUAAUCUGGGACGACACUUAACACACAUGCAUUAUGCCCAGUUUUCUUAGAAUGUGACUCAAAUGGUGGUUGCUAGUUCUGGAGUAGAAACUGUAUAAAGUCUUCCUGCUUCACUAGUUGUUGCCACCUUUGAAGGUCAUGACUAAUGAACAUUUAUUGUAAGCUUAAAAUGUACUCAUUUGGACUUGCAAAUUAUUUGGAAAACAUAUUUUCUUAGAACGCCCACAUCCAUUUUGUGAUUUACUUUGUCAUACUAUUGAACAAAUCGUCAUUGUAACCUCGUUCCAGUCGCAUGUUUAUGCCUUGAUUAUCAUGAAUUUCUGUGAAUUUGUUUUAUACCCACACUGUUAAUGGAUUUGUUUGUUCAUUCAGUCAUAGAAAUACUCAUACUAGAUUGGCAUAGAUUGUGAUCUCAGUUUUCCUCAGUAAAGGCAUUGAUAUAUCCUUGUAAGAUCUGAAUUCAUUGUGUAGAUGUCUCCUCAUUUUUAGCGAGGCUGUUUUCGGAGAAAACCCGAGCUAUUGUCAUAGCCAGCUCGUCGUCCACUGUCCGCCGUAGGCGUCAUGCUAAAAUCUUAACAUUGGCCAUAACUUUUUAAAUAUUGAAGAUAGCACCUUGAUAUUUGGCAUGCAUGUGUAUCUCAUGGAGCUGCACAUUUUGAGUGGUAAAAUUUCAAGGUGAACAUCAUCCUUCAAGGUUUAGGGUCGAAAAAAAAACAAAGUCAAGGGAAGUAAUAAGCUUUAAAUGGACAAAGUUAUCUGACCUGCCCACGUAUAUAUUUUUGUUAAAUAAAUCAAAGCGGCGCAGUAGGUGGCAUUGUGUUUCUGACAAACAAAUUGUGGUUAAAGGUCAAGGUCAAAGUCAUCCUUUACGGUCUAUGGUAAAAAAUACAGAUUUAAGGGAAGUAAUAAGCUUUAAAAAGGGAGAAAAUUAUUCAAUAUUGAACAUAGCCACUUUAUAUAUUUGGCAUGCAUGUGUAUCUCAUGGAGCUGCACAUUUUGAGUGGUGAAUCUACAGUCACGGUAGUGGCUUUUAAUUAUUUGCUACUAAAAAUAGAGAUUGGUUACAGACAAUUAUUUUCAAGGGAAGUAAUUUAUAUAAUUAUAAAUCUCAUACAUUGUAUUAUAUUUUCCCUUACCAAGAAUUGAAGUUCUUUUCACAGUUACUGUACAGAUUUAUUAUUUUGAUUAUUUAUAACCCAAAUGAUUGAUUUGUCAAAAAAAAAUUUUAUGAUAUAAUUAUAAUUUCUUUGAUGUUCAUUACAUACCUGUGGACUUAUGUCCAUAGAUACAUGAUCAACUCUGGCUAUGAUCUCUUUUAUACCACAGGCCUUGGUUGUCAGUGAUGUCUGACAUGGUCAUAAUUGACUGUGAGACCCUCCCCACCCCACCCCAAACCCCCGGUUGGAUUGGACAAAAUUCAAGGGAAGUAAUAACCUUUAAAGGGAGAUGAUUUCUAUACCUGCCAAAUGAUAAAUAGAAAUUUUAUUUCAAUGCGGCGCAGUAGGGGGCAUUGUGUUUCUGACAUACACAUCUCUUGUUGGGUCACUAGGUCAAAGGUCAAGGUCACUGUGACCUCUAUAAAAAAAAAUAUUCUGACAAGCUUUCACAGCCGAGCGUGGCACCCGUUAUGCGGUGAUCUUGUUGUAAUAAUUUUCUUGCCGCUCUUGACUUUCCCUUACCUUAUUAUGUUGGUUCAUAUUAUACAGCUUCACAGGUUUUUAUUACAAUUAUUGACAAGUGCUGUAGAUGCGUAUGCAAACAAUUGAGACUUUUUUUAAACAUCAAUGAAUUUUAUAAUACUACAGACAAGUGUGCAUAAUUUGAGUACAUCAGCUUAUGGGUUUGUGAGAUAUAAAAGAUCACUUUAACUUAAUUUUGUGCUAGUAGUGUAAAUAACUUAAUGGAAUGCUGAAUAUAAAUUAUUAUUUUAUGAUUUAAAUAAUUUGCUGUUGAUUGUAUUGCAUUUUAAUUUGUUUAUUUGGUUGAAGGUUGUGUACCGUCAGAAAACAAGUGUGGUUUUGGUUUUUUAUGGGCACUCAAAGUAAAUAUAUUUUUAAUUAUGAUGAAUCACAAAUACAGAAUUGUAAAUAGUUUACUUCACAUGACUUCACAAACAAGAUCCUGUUUGAUGUUAUUGCUUGUCCAAUAAUAAAAAAGCUGAAUAAUUCAUGGAUCACAUUUGUCAAUUCUGUGUAUUCUUGUUAAAAUUUGUCCUAUCAAAGCUGUCAAAGUUUGUAAACUUAUGAUUGGCUGAAACUGAAUUCUUAAUCAUAUUGUUGAUAGAAGCUUCUGUUUCUGUUCUUGAUACUGAAUGAAUUAUCUAUGGUUUUUUAAUGGUUAAUUGUAUCAUGUGAAAUUUCUGUACAGCGAAUGUUCUGAUUUUAUCAUUUGUAUAUGAGUACAUGUUUAUUUUGCAUUUUAAACAUUGUGAUGUGAAUUGAUGUCAUUGAUGACAACAAUAAACUAUUUAAUAACA